GACACACCUGCGGAUAGUUUUUCCAAUUAAUUUAAAGCGCUUUCCUUAAAGUGUUUUGGUGUGCCACACAAACAACAACAACAACAACAACGCUGAAUGACUCCCCGUGUGUGUCCCUCACUGUGUGUGUGUGUGUGUGUCCGAGUGUUUGUGUGAUGAUUGACUAGCAAAUUUUGUGGCUUAGAUUUUUUUAAGUGUGUGUUUUUGUGUGUGUUGGUGUAAGAGUGUGAGUAAAGACAUUGCUCAGGUGAAUCCAGUUAAAAGUGUGAUAUCACAUACAAGAGAAGAAAAAGAAGUCAAAAUACAUAAAAUAUCAAAACAAAGUUAAGAAACAAUGCAACAAAACUCAGCCGCAUCGUGUGCUUGGUAUCUGCCAUGGUCACUGGCGGCCCAACAGCACCAGCAUCAGCACAAGCUGUUAACCAUGCCUUUUGCGGAUAAAUUGGGUGAGGCAGCGCCACCGGGUGGCAUAUUCGCGGCCCAUCCGCAGAUGCAACAACAGCAGCAUUCACCAAACACGGCUGCAGCACCGCCGGCGAAUUUCCAGCAACCAGUAUUGCAUCCUAGUGCUGGGGCGGGUGCCCAUUUUCCCAUCGGUUCGGCCUACAGUUUUGCACCACCACCACCUCACCACCUACUUAAUGCCACUCAGGCGGCAAACUAUCAAAUGUUUUCCCCCUUGCCAUUGAAUGCCUACUAUCCGGGAGCCACAGCCACAGCUGGACACACGCAUACGCAUACGCCGACUGCUGCCGCAUUUGGAGGAAUUCCUGUUGCCCAUCAGCAGGCUCUGUUGGCAGCGGCGGUGGCUGCUUCAGCCGGAUCCGCUGGCUCCGGACCUGGACCUGCUGCUCCGCAUGCCGCUUUGCAGCAGCAGGCGUCACAAGUGCCUGUGCCGGUGCCAGUUCCCAGCGUAGUCCAGCGACCAUCACAGCCAGCAUGCGCUUUGGUUCAGUCGCUAAAUUGCAUGCCUCAAGAACUUCAACAUCUCUCGUCCAUUAAUCUCAGUUUGAGUGGUGUAAUGGCCAACCUGGGAAACCACAAUCCCGCCGCAGCUGCCGCUGCCGCCGCUGCUGCUGGUCUAACACCAAUCAAAGUGUUGCCAAAUACCGCAUUGCCGAUUAAUCGAAAGCUCACAUCACCAAUUGAUGCAGAAAAAUUGAAAUUAAAAGUACCAGAGAAACGUAAAACUGAGGACAGUGAUCAGCUAAAGGAUCUGAAAAAGGCUAAACUUGAAACUAAAGCCUUGAAAGCUAAAAGACCGGGAUUCACCGAUGAACGAUAUCAAGAGACUUCCUAUUACAUGGAAAAUGGUCUUCGAAAAGUCUAUCCGUAUUAUUUUACUUUUACAACCUUUACAAAGGGGCGCUGGGUUGGCGAGAAAAUCCUUGACAUAUUUUCAAGAGAAUUUCGGGCUCAUCCGGCUGAGGAAUAUGAACGUUGCAUACAGACAGGCACUUUGACCGUUAAUUUUGAAAAAGUUCCCAUUGACUAUCGGUUAAAGCAUAAUGAUUUGCUAGCUAAUAUUGUACACAGACACGAAGUACCCGUAACUUGUCAACCAAUCACAAUUGUGCAUAUGGACGAAGACAUUGUGGUUGUAAAUAAGCCGGCAUCUAUACCCGUACAUCCAUGUGGUCGGUAUAGACACAAUACUGUAGUCUUUAUACUUGCCAAAGAGUUUAAUCUCAAGAAUCUACGUACCAUACAUCGACUUGAUCGUCUGACAUCGGGUCUAUUGCUAUUUGGACGAAGUCCCAAGAAGGCACGUCAAAUGGAGCAACAAAUACGCAAUAGACAAGUGGAAAAAGAAUAUAUCUGCCGAGUUGAGGGAAUUUUUCCAGAUGGCAUUGUGGAGUGUAAAGAGCCCAUUGAGGUGGUUAGCUAUAAAAUUGGUGUUUGCAAAGUUUCACCAAGAGGCAAGGAUUGUACCACAACGUUCCAAAAACUCUCACAGAAUGGGAAAACUAGUGUGGUACUUUGUAAGCCACUGACUGGACGUAUGCAUCAGAUACGAGUACAUUUGCAAUAUUUGGGCUAUCCUAUACUGAAUGAUCCGCUGUAUAAUCAUGAGGUAUUUGGCCCAUUAAAAGGACGAUCUGGUGAUAUUGGUGGCAAGACGGAUGACGAGUUAAUACGCGAUCUCAUUAAUAUACAUAAUGCUGAAAAUUGGUUGGGCAUUGACUGUGAUUCCGAUAUAUCACUAUUCAAGAAUACUAAAGACGAAACAGAUCGUGAGAGUCUAAGCAGUGAUCAAACAUCAGCCAUACAUCAAAGUGACGACGAUGGGGGUAUUAACUCUCGUGAAACUACUCCACCGUGUUCAGAGAGUAUACAACAACAGACAACAAAUAGUGUUAAGCAACAUCUGGAACAUCCCAAUACCAGCAGAUCACAAAUAGAGUAUUCAUCUACAUCGGAUGAUACGAUUUCACCAGAAUCUCAUAACUGCAACAAUGUAGAAGACUCCAUUGAUGUGGGCUUGAAGUCAGAUAAAAUAACUAUUGAUAAGCAUUGUUAUGAAUGUAAAGUUCACUAUCGUGAUCCAAAGGCCAAGGAUCUAGUAAUGUAUCUGCAUGCCUGGAAAUAUAAGGGUCCUGGCUGGGAGUAUGAAACUGAAUUGCCGAGUUGGGGACGCACAGAUUGGCAAGAUGUGGAAUCAGCUUAAGCUUAAGCGUGUUAAUAGAAAUUAGAAAAAUACUAGUACAUGUAGCUUUCUUGCCGCAAAACUGGCCUUACUCCUAAUGUUACUUCAAAUUCAUACGUACAUGUAUACAAGGGCGGAUUUAUGGAUAUAAAAUGGCGCCCCAAAUAGUCAUGGAUUGGAAUUGGAAUAGUUAAAGACAAUGUUUCUCGUUAAAAACUCGAGGACAUUCCAAAAAUGUCAUUGAAAACAUCACAAAUUCUUCUAUAGCCUCCUUUUGGGAAAUAAUUUCACCCAUUUAACAUGCCUAAAUCGGCCUUUGUUCAUAUUAUAUACCUACAUAUACCUAAGACGUUGACAACACCUCGAUUAUAGAGCCCAGAAGACAUACAUGCAAUAAAUAGUCGACCAAGUUAGAAAUGAAGACAAAACUGACCAAAACUUCUUAAAAUAUAUACAUACAUAUAUUCUAAGUCAAUGAAAAUUCUAAAUAUCAUAGAAAAUUGUGCCUUUACGAUGGGGAUCUAAAAUACAUAUACUAAAACAAAAAAAAAUUGAAUGAACAUUUCAGUAUGUUUUGUAUUUUUAUGACUUGGAAUUAUAAACAAAACAAAUACAACAAACUAAGGUAUUUAAUAUACGAUUAAUAAUAAUAAUAAUAAUAAAGCAUUUCAAAAUAAACUACUACAAGGUCAGGACCAACCCAAAACUAAACCAAAACAACCAAUCAAAUAUUGUACAAUAAGAGCUGAAAAGACAUGCAACUUCAAAACGUUCAAUAUAAAAAGUUUAGAUACAUUUAUACAUACAUACAUACACACAUUAUAUUGAUCACAAUGGCAAAAUGCAAUUAUAUGUACUUAGUGUGUAAUCGGGUGAAAGGCACUAUAAGAUUAUUACAAAAUGUUGCAUUGACCAUUUUAUACAUACAUAUGUACAUGUAUAUGUGUAUAUCAACUAUUUAUAAGCAUAAAGCAAUAUAACAUAGUA